CCAAAACCUAACGGAAAACAAUCUUUUUUCAAAACCCAAAACCCUUUUUGUGUUUUUUGUUUUCAAAAUUCAUCAAUGGAUUUCCAUAGCCUUGCAAGGAAAGAGCUCCAGACUCUAUGCAAGAAGAACAAGAUCCCAGCCAACAUGACCAACGUCGCCAUGGCUGAUGCUCUCGCCGAUCUUGAAUUCGUUGAAGGACUAGAUGAGUUAAUGAACCAAUCCCAGUCACCAGAGAAAACAACCGUGACUGAAUCACCACUGAUUCCUCGGACUGCCAACAGAACCUCAACUCAACGAAAAGCCAUCAAGGAGGAUCCUGAAACCGUGCAACCAAUGACCAGAACUCGCCGCACAACAAGAAAAACAUUAGACAAAGAUUUGGAGCAGGAAAACCAGAAUGUGAACGUGGGCGAGACUCCUGCAGUGCCAGCAAGCAGGGGGAGGAAACCAGCAGCCUCAGCUAGCAAGAAAACGGGCACUCAAGUGAAGGACAACGUGGUGCAGGAAAUGAGUUGUGGGGUUGAGACUGAGACCCCUAUGGUGCAGACUGGUAGGAGGAGAGCGGUUCAAGUGGGUUCAACUAGCAGAAAGUUGGAGGAGGAACCGGUACAGCGCGUGUACAGCACAAGGCGGUCUGUGAGAUUGGUUGAGAAGUCCUUGGCUGAUUUGAGUUUGAAGGAUGAAGAGAAGGAAGAGUCCGUGAAAAUGGAUGUCUUGGAUGAAACUGAAGAGAAGGAUGUCUCUGAAGUGAGUUUGGAAAAGAACAAUGAUUCAGAAGUUUCUUCGGGUGUAAGUUUUCUCCAGUCAUUGGAGAAUGAACGGGAAUCGGAAGAUGAAGUUCACGAGGACAAGAGUAAUGAGCAUGGAGAGGAAGAUUGCAAUGUGGGCACUCAGAAUUAUGUCAAUUCAGAUAAUGUUUCAGUUUUAGAUGCAAAGGAUGACAACCAUGAUGAGACUCGUGAUGCAUCAGAUGAGCUUUUGCUCAAACACUCAAAUGAAAUCGGACCUGUUGAUAUUUCAGAAACUCAGUCCUUAUCCGAAACUGAGAAUGCAUCUAUUAAGGUGAUGGAACCUGAACAGCAGCCCCUUGCUGCUGAGGAGUCUGAUGAAAUUUCUGCUCAGGUGGUGGAAGAUAUUGUUCCUAAAGACCAGAUUAUAACCUCUGGAAAGAAUUCAGAGGCUGAUUCCGAUCAAUUUGUUGCCAAUUCCAUUGCUUCUCCAUUGAACAAGCAGGUUGCAGUAGAAUGUCUUGAAGAGGAGAGUGUUCAUCUGGACAAAGUUGUUGCAACCUACAGUUCUGAUGGUCCAAAUGUUGAGACAGACGAUGAGUUUGAGUCAGACAUUGUUGUGGCAACCAACAGUUCUGAUCAAUAUAUUACCAAUUCCAAUGCUACUCCAUUGAACAUGCAGGUUGCAGUUGAAUGUGUAAUGAACAUGCAGGUUGCAGUUGAGACACAUGAUGAGUUCGAGUCUGACAAUGCAACCGACAGUUCUGAUGAUCCAAAUGUUGAGACAGACGACGAAUUUGAUUCAGAUAAUGGUCAGACAGAUGACGAGUUUGAUUCAGAUAAUGGUGAGGCAACCUACAGUUCUGAUGAUCCAAAUGCUGCUGAGACAGACGAUGAGUUUGAUUCAGAUGAUGAACUUGUUGAUGUUCAAUUGACUGAAGCAGAAGCUCCCAUAUCUUCUUCAGAAGGAUCAGUUGAUGUUAAUUUGAUUGAAGCAGAAGUCCCUACUUCUGAUGGUAUCAAGGAAGAAUUUGAUACAGAAGAGAUUAAAGAAGCAGAAGUUUCUUAUGAGAACAAGACUCCAAAAUCUGUGAAGCAAAUUGAUUCAAUCUCUGUUGACAAGACUCCAGAUUAUCGUCCAAUGUCACCGUUGAGAGCUGAUUCAAUUUCAGGCCAGUUUCCGCGACCAACUCAGUCGACCCAAAAGCAUUCUUCCAGCAAGAAACAGGACACAGCUCAGAAACUAACACUGCCUGCAUACAAUAAGGAGAACAUUGACAGCAGUGGGAUGCAAUUGGAGUCUAAAAAGGAAAAAACAAAGGACAAGAACACAACUGAUGAGGACAUGUCGCAAUCAUUGAAUGAGAAAAGUUUAAGGGAGCUAACCAAGAUGUUGAAAAACCAGCUCCAAAUAACCAACAAGAAGAAGAACAAUGAAGGACAAAAUGGUGUUAAAACGAGACCAGCCUUGCAGGCUCUUCCAGAGAAUGUUAUGGCUGGUGAGCCAAAUAAGGAAAACUGAACAUAAAACUGAGUAGGGAGACCACUUUUUGAUUGUGGUCAUUUCACAUUUUGCUCAUCACAGAGGAGGGGGUUUAAACUUUAAACCUGGGUUUGCCUCCACUCUUUUUGCUUCUUUACAAGUUAUUAGAAUCUUGAUGUUCUUUUGCAAUAAUGUUGGCUCACUGAAAACUGUCGCUGCCACAGAGUUUGGUUUCAAAAAGAAGUUUAUAUUUGCUUACAUGGAUAUACAGUUUUUGUGUGUGUGUGUGUUCAACAAUUAAUUAAUCUCUUCAUAUCUUUAAUCUCUGUCACUUGCAAUGACAGAACUUUUGGUG